AUGCCUUUCGAUACCAAUAAUAAAUAUUAUCCACCUGAUACAUUUAAAACAAAUAUAAAAAGAUACAUUUCCAAAUGUAUAUGUUCGCAAACAAGUAGCUGCACAUCUAAAGAACAUCAAAAAGUACUCGAACAACUACCUGCUAUAGAAAAUGAUUUCUAUGAUUCAUAUAAAUUCUUAAAUAAUAAACAAGAUUUUACAUUUGAAGAGAAAAAUAUUCUCAUCGCAGACGAUAUGAAGAACUAUGCCAUCGCACGAGUUACGGAUUUAUUAUGUGAAUUAUACAAUCGACGAUGUCAAAAAUCAAAAAAAUUGGCAGCAGAUGAGUUCUAUGGAGAAAAAACAGCUAAAGCAAUCUGGAAAGAACGAUGCAAGGAACGAGAAAAAUGUCCUCGAGGAGGUAUUGUCCUGCUCUCUUGUGAGAAGCCAGUCAACGAACGGAUUGUGCUUAUUAAAUGUAAUAGAAAUGAUUGUACUAAUUAUGGACAUAGUAAGGGGAAAAUCGAAGUUGAUGAAACUAUUCAAGAAUGUUCAGCUCGAGAAGGUUCCGAGGAACUUGGCUUACCCCGUGAUUAUAUAUAUGAUCAAAUAAAAAAUAAUAAUCAUCCAAUAAAAAAAACAGUACCUUACAAACUCGAUGGUCUAACUACAUGUGUUGAACAUUAUUAUUUCAUUAUCGAUGUAUCCUUUGAAGACAUACACUUCGAAUUAAAUGAAUAUGAAAUCGAUGUGAGUGAGAAUGAUGAUUCCGAAAAAUAUGCAAACUAUUAUAUGGUUACUUGUACAAAUUUUACGGUAGCUAGUUCACUUAUUUGGGAUAUUUUAAAAUUUGUUGAUGAUAAAAAUGGAAAUAAACUUGCUUCAGAUAAGUACAAACAUAUUCAUCGUUAUUGUCAACGCAAACUAAAUGAAAUAAUUCUUUUUAAUAAUCAACAUCAAUGGUGGACAACAUCUGAUAUUGCUUGUGCAAACAAAAUAUAUUCAUUGAGUCUCAGUUUCAUCACUCAUGAUUGGUAUGGAAAUACUUUUUUUUAA